AUCCUGUCCAGGAUGUCGCGCAAACACUUCUUCGCUACCCCCCAGGGAAUGGUCCCCCAUAUGCUCACCUCCCUCGCCACCCGGAACCCGCACAUGUCCCUCUCCCCUUCCUCCCGCACAAUCUACAACCUCGCCCACCCGCCUACCCACGUCUCCAUCAUCUCCGGCGGCGGCUCCGGCCACGAGCCCGCCUGGGCUGGCUACGUGGGCGACGGAAUGCUGACUGCCGCCGUCUGCGGCGACAUCUUCGCGUCCCCCUCCACCAAGCAGAUCAUGGCUGCCAUACGCAGCGUUCCUUCUGACGAGGGCGUGAUUCUGUGCAUCACGAAUUAUACGGGGGAUAUGCUGCAUUUUGGACUGGCGAGGGAGAAGGGGGUUGCCAUGGGGUUGCGGGUCGAUGUCGUUUGUAUGGCUGAGGAUGCGGCCUUGGGGAGGGAGCGGAGUGGGAAAGUUGGGAGACGCGGGUUGGCGGGGAACCUGAUUGUCAUCAAGUUGAUCGGCGCGGCAUCGCAGAAAGGAUGGUCGUUUGAAAAGUGUAAGAAAAUGGGCGAUCUGGGGAACGACCAGCUCGUCACGAUUGGUGCGAGUCUGGAUCAUUGCCAUGUCAUGGGCCGCGAAGCGUUCGAGCACGUCCCGGAUGAUUCGUAUGUGUUGGGCAUGGGAAUUCAUAACGAGCCUGGCCUCCACACAAUCUCCCCCAUGCCUCCCGCCCGCACCAUAGUCCAGGAAAUGCUCAAGUACCUGCUCGACCCAAACGACACCGACCGCGCCUUCAUCUCCAUAACCUCCACCGACAACGUCGUUCUCCUCGUCAACAACUUCGGCGGCUUAUCCGGUCUCGAACUAGAAGCUCUCACAAACCUCACCCUCGAAGUCCUAGCCUCGGACUGGUCCAUUGUGCCAACCCGCCUCUACUCCGGAAUCUUCGAAACCUCGCUCAACGGACAAGGCUUCUCCAUCACGUUGGGCAAUAUGAGUGGCAUGGCCAAGGCUAUGCAAGUCACAGACGACGAUAUCAUCGGGCUACUAGACGCCCCCACCAACGCCCCAGCGUGGCCAAAGAACAACUACGUCCCUGUAGACGUAAAUAAGGAAAUGCAAGCGAAGCGCGACAAAGCAAACGCCGCGGCAGCGCAGGGGAGCGAUACAACCAAAGGACCCGCAACCCCCGCCUCGCUAUUCCCCGCAUUGCGGAAAGCAUGCGAAGCAGGUCUAAAAGCCGAACCCACAAUCACGCAAUACGAUCUCCAAAUGGGCGACGGCGAUUGCGGAGAAGCCGUGGCGCAGGUGUGCAACGCGAUCCUCAAGAACAUCGAGCUAGCUUCAUCUGCCGACCCUCUUCCCGCACUCCUCGCGUUCCUGGAAGCAGUGGGAGACAGCGUAGAAGACGUCGGCGGCUCCCUGGGCGCCAUCCUCUCGAUCCUCGUCACGGCGUUUACGAAUGCCCUCGCUUCGCUGACGUCCUCCUCCGGCUCCGCUGAUCUGUCGCUCGAGGUAGUGAGCGAGGCCGCGUCGCUUGGUCUCGCGAAUCUCAAGAACUACACUUCUGCGAGAGUCGGGGACCGCACUGUCAUGGAUGUUAUUAUCCCGUUCAUCGAGACGCUGGCGAAGAGUAAGGAUUUUGGCAAGGCGGCCGAAGAGGCCAAGAGCUGUGCGCAGAAGACGAGCGAGAUGAAGGCCAAGUUUGGAAGGGCGACGUAUGUGGGUGAUGACGCUGGAGAGAGGUCUAAGAUUCCGGAUCCUGGAGCGUAUGCAGCGGCCGUUUGGCUUGGGGGCUUGUUUGAGGGGUGGAAGGCAUAA